AUGACAAUUAGACAACCACAUCAUAUCCCGGGAUGUCCCAGCUUCCAAGACCUACACCCAGAUAGAGAGACUCAAGAGCAACCGCACUCGCAACCACCCAUGACGCCAAAACUACAGAUUUCAAGUUUAGCAUCUGUGGUCACGCCUCCGCCACCACCAAGUCCUACACAACCACCAACUCCAAAAGCCGCGAGGAGACGGUCACCGAUAACGAACUUUGUGCCUAGAAAGUUGACCUUCACCGAUCAAGACAUGAAGUUUUCAGCUUUUGAUCACAGUAGUCCAAUGAUGGCUGAACAUUCACUGGAACCAGUUCCUCACCAAGAAUAUCUUGGACAAGUUCAACUUCCUCACCAGCCAACUCAACUACCAUCUCCAGACCCAACCUUCACUAGACUCCCACAUCCGGACGAAAUUGAGUGGACAACCGACUCAUCAGAAGAUGAACGAUUACUUUUAGUGAAACCACACCUCACUCCUUCUGAACCUUCAUCUUCUCCCAAGCAAAAUUCCAGUCGACCAUUACCUCCUAAAAUCACUUCUUCCUCCAGAGACUCGAUCACUCGCUUAAAGCGUAUAUUAACCCCAGCACCUCUAUCUCUUCCAACACCACGACGAAACUCCUCUCUACAUCGUAAUGGUUCACUUUCAAAACCGAUCUUGUUUUCAUCACCGGUGAAGGAAACAAAAGCUGUUUUGGUGCCUGCCACAGAAAUACCAAUUUACCACACCUAUCCCAGGACCAAGAAGGAAAAGUCCAACGCUUCUGGCGGAGUUGCUAUUACUAGCUCAGUGGAAGAGCACAGUCAACAGAAGAUUAUUUCACAGUGGACUGGUCUCACUGAUAUUCGGAAGCACCCCAGUUCUUAUCGUCAUAAUACUACAACUUCAUCUCCAUCAUUACUCACUAUUAUGUCUACUAACAACGCACAUCACAAGCUGAUCGAUACCUCCGCUGGAUACCCUAUUCCAGCCAAAAGUCCUCUCCGCCAAAUCAAACACGCCAAUGCAACAUUACUCAAUCCCAACAUUUUAUACACCAAAAAUAUCGAAGGUGAAGUAGCGAAUAUGAGAAGUGAUACUCAGCAAAAUCAAGAGCUGGACUCUUCUACGGUAUCAACUCGCCAUGAAGACAAACCCACAACCAUUCAAGCCACAAAUCAUAGAUCGGUGAAUGCAACAAAACUCGUUCCAGAAAAUAUUAUUCCGGGGUUGCUCAAUGUUCCACAACCAAAUCCCAAAAAUCCAGCAAGAUUGGGAACCAAAAAUGUCAUUGAAGCAUUUUUUGAAGAGGAUAGUGCCGCAAUCCCUAUUGAAGAUCCUGUCCGCAAAUCACCAGCAACUCAUGUCGAGAAGCCAAGUUUGGACGGCUCUUUCAAGUUUCCAAAGACGCCAGAGAGGAAUAACGAUGAUGUCGAACGCAAAGCUGAGCAAUUUAGCAAGCAAAACAUUCCGAUCCAUGAUUUUGCCCGUGGUUCUAGAAAUUCUCCUGCCAAGAAAUAUGCAUCGAAAGGACAACACGGGAAUAACCUUCCCAAUCCGAGAGCCAGCACAGUUGAAAAUGAUGUUAGUCCAACAUAUGUACCGAAAAGUCCCGCACUGGCCAAAAACAGCCCCGAGUCUGCCAAAGAUGUCCCUGUCUGUGUGAGAGAUGUGGACCAUCCCACAUUACCUGAUCAUCAUUGUCAUCACGGUCUGCCGAUAUCUCGCUUCAGCCCAAAGAAUGGUGGUUCACCAAGUCAACAUGUUCAUAAUACAUUUUAUGGACAACAAUAUCACAUCAGCAACUACUUAACACCAACGAAGAGUCCGCCAAAGUGGAAUCCACCAAAUGUCAAGCAUGAAUCAAACGCCGCAGGCCAUGGUCAAAAUGUGGUUGGAGAUUCCGGAUCCGGGGGCUAUAUGGCAGACAAGGACGAAGAAAAUGUUCAAUUACGAAUCAAUAUUGCGGUGCUUGAAAAUGACUUGAAGCACAAAACGCAAGAAGCGGAAGACCAAGCAAAGGGAAUGGCCAUUUUCUUCCGAGCUCUUGGGUCUCGCUUUCCAGCCUUGACCAACGCAUUGUUGACUCCAGCUGCUACUCAAGAAGGAAUGCUUGUGAAAGCGGGUGAGACGAAUGGAGGAGAACUCACGAUCGGGGGAGAUAUGCAGGCGGGUAAGAAAAUCAUGAAAUUGGAGAUGGAAGUGGAUGUUCUUCGCCGGGAAAAUCGAAUUCUUCGAGGACAGGAACGAGAGAAACGUCUUGCUGCUGAGUUGGACUUUGAUCGCCGCGUUUUUGGAACAGAGGAGUAUCGGUUGAUUACUACUCCCAAAGAAGCGGUCCCUGAGCUUCAUAAAAUUCAAGAGGGAAAUGAAGUUAUCAACCCUACCACUCCGAAAGAGCAAACUCAAAUUGUCGUUCAUGAAGAAAAGUAUCAGCAAUCUGUCUCUGAUUAUGAGGAGUACCAGCAAGAAGACUCUCUAGAAGACUCGUUCAAAGAUUUUCAUCAAGACCUCACCAACGAGUAUAUCGAAGAAGGCGUCUUUCAUGGAGGCUGCGAAACCACUGAGCAAUUAGAAACCUACAUACGGGACUUGCAAACUUGGGUAAACAAUCGACAUCGUCCUACCAAGGCUACAAAUGUAGGGAUGUUCUCGUUGGAGGAGAGCUUUGAUCUCAUCGAUAAGCAUUAUGUUGAUGAGAACAAGGUUGCUAAAGUCGUGAUUGAGGAUAGUGGAAAGCUGCAAGUCGCAGCUAGUCCAGCACGCAGUCUUCCUUCGGAAGACGAGAAGAAGAGCUACAAUCCUUUACCAAAGGAAUUGGGGAAUGGUCAGAACGCAAGAGCUUUGCAUCGAUUCAUGAACUUUCCUGCACCAACAGUUCUGAAGACUGGUUUUGAUGCCGCACAAGCGGUCACUGGGGGCGAUUAUGACUCUCUUAAAGACACCCAAGCCAUUGAGGGACGACCUCCACCAUUCUUUCGAGACAAAAUUGCCAGCGGCAACAUAUGGGAGUCUCGUGAGGAAAAGACCAGUGCGCUUGUAACUCAGCGAUUGAUGGCAGGUGACAGAGAUAGGCGUGUUUCUGUUGACUUCUUCAAGCAUGGAAUUCAAUUCGUGCCAGCCCAACCAGAGAACAAACAUCAAGAGACGGUUUUGAUUGGCAACUUACCUCACAAUAUCGAGCUCAGAGAUAUCCUUAACCGAGUUCGAGGCGGCAAAAUCGUUUCUGCAAUCCUCCUCGACACCAAACCACUUACAGGCAAAAUGUCAGCUCUAGUUCGCUUCGUAUACGAAACAUCAGCAGCCCAGUAUAUUUCGUACGUCAAAGAAAACCCGAUUUACUUCGGCGAAGACGACACAAAACUCCAAGCCGAAAUCAUUCUCCUCCCCACCCCCUCCUACCCCCUCAACUUCGGUCUAACCAACGCAAUCUUCAACCUCUCCCACACACGCUGCAUCGCCAUCCCGUACUUUCCACAAAUCUCCAUCUCAUUCUUCGAGACCAGUCUCUCAUCUACCACGUUCCGGCAAUGCGCUACUCCGCCGACAGAGAUGUGGUUAGACGAAGAUCGCACUAUGCAUUUAGAGUUCGCGAGCGUGUCGGAUGCGGGGAUGGCGAGAGGGAAGUUGUAUAACUGGGCACCGUUUAGAGGGCUGGAGAUUAGGUCUGACGCAGAUCCUUGUGCUGGACCUGUUGAGGAAUUGGCUCUUGAGGUUGAGGCGAGAAAGCCGUUGUUUCCGAGGGGUGGCUUUGUGGAUGGAACGACUUUUGGAGGGCAGGAUUUCGAGAAGAAGGUCGCAGAGGAUUAUUCGUUGAAGGAUAUUAGGACGACUGGGUAUGGUGUUGAAACCAAGAAUAUCGAUCUUGCAAGCUCUUUAGCGAACAUUCUUGCGAAUUCGUCGUGGGCGGAUGAAGUUAACGAUCAAAACGCAACUACUGAGAUACCGCUACUUUCUAUUUCUGACGAAGAAAGUACAGCAAAACCAGCUCAUCCUCUACCCUUGCAAUCCAACAACACAAACCUCAAGCCCCUCAAAGGUCUCGCAACAAGUAUCUACGCACCCAACCCCUCUCCCCUCGAUUACUCCCACAAACUCAACCACUCUCCCCCCAGAACCCCGGCACCGCCCAAAGACGAACUUAACGGCAGCAAAACACCAUUUGGCACAGACGGCCAAACCUCACCACUCGAAAACGAAAUUUCUCCUCUCCAGCAGUCCAUGCGAAAGCUAAGCGAGGAAGCUGUAGUACAGAAGAAAUUGCUCCGGACUACACCACCAAGAAAACAUAGUCCACAAAACACUGGAACGUCUCGCAGUGGCCCAGGUGGUAAUGGCAUGAAGUUAGGUGUUAAGGAGAGGAUUAAGCUGUUUGAUCAACCGUCUGCAGGUGUUAACCCUGAUGAACUGGUUCUGGAUUAA